AGCCCAAACUGAGGAUGCACAAAGCCAAGGUGAGGAAGGACGUUGCCUAUUGGAAUCCCGACACGACCAUCCACCACCAUUGUUGUAAUCGGCUCGCGGUCUAUCGGGUUAUUCGACUCGACCCGAGACACUAUCUCUUAGAGACCCAAAUGGCUUUAUCAGAGAGGAAUGCCAUUCUUCAUCUUCUGACCCUCGCGCUACUCACAAUUGCAGUGACCAAUCGAGCGCUUGGUAUUCGAAUACCAAAUCAGAUCUCUGAUCCCUCGAGGGAACCCUCGGAUCAGCCCCUGAAAAUCGCUGUCUUCGCUCUCGGUGGCUUCUGGAGAUCCGAAGCCGCCUUCGGGUGUGCUAAUGGAGUAGUGCGAACCACCGUGGGUUAUGCCGGCGGAUCCAAAUCCAAUCCCGAAUACAGGAGCUUAGGUGAUCAUGCUGAGUCCGUACAGGUAGAAUAUGAUCCAGGGGUGAUAAAUUUUAGGCAGCUUUUGGAGGUUUUUUGGUCUAGUCAUGAUUCAAGGCAAGUGUUUGGUCAAGGUCCUGAUGUGGGUAACCAAUACAGGUCUAUUAUUUUUACUAAUGGUACUGAGGAGGCCAGAUUAGCUGCCGUUAGCAAAGAAAAAGAGCAAUUGAGGUCAAGGAGCAGCAUCGUGACUACUCAAAUUCAACAGCUUGUAGCAUUUUAUCCUGCAGAACCUGAACAUCAGAAAUUUGAGCUCAAGCGUAGGCCAUUUCUUCUUCAGCUGAUGGGAAACUUGCCUGAAGAGGAGCUUCAAAGGUCAAGUUUGGCAGCUAAACUAAAUGGUUAUGCAGCAGAUCUCUGUCCUCCGAAGAUUCAAAACCAGAUUGAUGCGAAGAUCAAUCAGAUUGUUAAGAAAGGUUGGCCUGUUUUGAGAGGUGUUUAGAUGGCUUGCUUAGAGUAGAUUUUUUCGCAAAAUGCUUCAAUUGACAGAGCUCCUUCCUUGAGUGCCCCCUUGCAUGUUAUUAUUUAUAUCUAACUGUCGGGUAUCGCAAGUUACAACUGAUAGAAGCAGACAGAUCUUGGGUACACUUGAACAAGAACAGGAUUAUUCUUUUGUUACUCAAAAUCUCAAAUGAAAUAGUCUUUAGCAUAUCCUUUUUCUUUUUUAGGAGAAAAGCAGUAUUGAAAGUGCAUAAGAGUUGUUUGGAAGGAUUUUUUAUUUUAUGCAGUAUUGUAAUUGAAUUUAUUUGUUCACAUUACAGAUUUUCGUUUGGAUAUCACGAACCUAAAAUAGUUGGUGCAAA